CCAGCGGUUAUUGCGCGAGACAUAGAUUACCACACUGCCAAUAUGCCCAAAAGAAAGCGAUCCGAACCUUCGCCCUCGACCACUGCUGUCAAAUCCGCCAAGGUCUCCACGACAGACCAUCGAUCCCCUCCAGUCCAACGUAAACUUUGCGCCGCACGCCUCACAGCCGGGACCAGCGCACUUGUCCUUGCGCUUCGACAUGCCGCCACGUUAGAACGCCAGAAGCAUUCCCGAAGACGCAAAACGGCUCUUCAGAAAAACGAGGAUAAGGCGGUGGACCGGCUAGAAAAGGAAUACGCGGUCUUGAAAGGCCUGGAUCUACAAAAGGUUGCGGAAGGCCAUUUGAAGAAAACAUUGGCUCGUGUAAAGUCUUUGAAUACUGCCGAGGGAUUUCCACGGGAAUGGAGGGAUACACCGGGCCAAACGAAAGAAAAGGAAGACGCGGUCUCGCUGAAUGUUAAAGCACGACUGUUCAAGGUGCAGGGCGUCAGGAACGUUGUGGACGAGACGAUUGACGAUCUGAAGGAUAUCAUUGGGACAUCCACCAAAGGCGCCCAAAAGAAGGGCCAAGACUCAGAAAUUCACAAUACCAAAGCAGGUUCCAGUGUCUCGGACGAGGAGGAUGACGAGAGCGAGGAAGGAUUGGCAGGAGCUCUUCGGGCAUUCGACGUACGCAUCGCCGCACCGUCAUCUGCAGAAGAGGACAGCGAUGCUUCGCUCUCAGAACAAGACCGACCUCCGAGUGUCGACUACAGCGAUGUCGAGUCACCAGAUUUAUCAGAAGAGAGCGAGGGUGACUCCGACAGUGAGAGCGCAAUCGACAUUCCAAUGUCGAAUGCAGCAAACAGUGACUCCUUCGAACAAUUCGAGUCCGAAUCAGACUUAGAAAAAGAGGAUGUUGCGAAAACCAAAAAGACCAAAGUUCCAGUGACAGAAACUAUGACUAAAGCGUCCACAUUCUUGCCGUCUCUCAGCCAUGCUGCCUACCUGUCUGGAUCCGAAUCAGAGGCGUCUGAUCUUGAAGAGCGUUUAGCACCGAAGAAGAACCGACGCGGCCAACGUGCACGCCAAGCAAUCUGGGAACAAAAGUAUGGUGAGAAAGCGAAACACAAACAGAACGAAGAUAGAAACAAAGGAUGGGAUCCUCGACGUGGUGCGGUCGAUGAAAGCGCAAGAGGUCGACGGGGCGCUCGAAAUGAGCCUCCACGAGGACGUGGGCCUGAAGUGAGCGGGGAGAAUGCAAUGCCUUUAGGACAAAAGAAGACUAAGAGAGACGAUGGAGGCCAGCUGCAUCCUAGUUGGCAGGCUGCAAAGGCGGCCAAGGAAAAGAAGAUGAACGUCCAACCUCAAGGAAAGAAGAUAGUGUUUGACUGAUACCCAUGUAAUACAAUUCUUUCAUAGAUCACUC